GGGGGUCGGGGUCACAUGGGUGGACAGCAGAAUCCUAGCGAUAGGAACAAAAACUGAGAAGUAAGACUGAGGGUCUGCCCAGGAGGCUAAAGUACACCAAGGCAGUGAAUCUGAGCAACAAAAGCAAACAACUAAGAGCAAGAGCAAGAAAGAAGAGUGACAGUAGUUGAACAAAAGGAGAGAACGAGAAGCAGCUGAACAGAGAGAGAGGGAGGAGAAAGCAGGGAGAGAUAAGAGUGUGACAAACAGGAGACAUCGAGAGGAAGCACAUGGUGUAAAAAUGCCCACCAACUUCACUGUGGUCCCGGUGAAGGACAACACAAGAAAGGCAGACGAAAGCAAUGAGGAAGAAGAUGUGGAUGACAACAAUGUGCUGAAAGAGGAAGACGAGGGCACCACAGGUGAUGGCGUUCCAAAGGAAAACAGUCCUUUUAUCAACAACACAGACAAUGACAAAGGCAACAGCUAUGAUGGCACCAACAUGGCGCUUUUUGAGGAGGAAAUGGACAGCAAUCCCAUGGUGUCAUCACUCCUCAACAAACUGGCAAACUACACCAAUCUCACCCAGGGGGCCCAGGAGCACGAGGAGGCCGAUGAUGACGAGGGGCCAAAGAAAAAAACUAUUAAGAGCCCUCAGAUGGGGACCUUCAUGGGCGUCUACCUCCCAUGCCUCCAGAAUAUUUUGGGGGUCAUCCUGUUUCUGCGCCUUACCUGGAUUGUCGGCACUGCUGGCAUCUUGGAGUCCUUGGCUAUUGUUGGCUUGUGCUGCUCAUGUACCAUGCUGACAGCCAUUUCCAUGAGUGCAAUCGCUACUAAUGGCGUUGUACCAGCUGGAGGCUCGUACUAUAUGAUAUCCAGAUCUCUGGGUCCAGAGUUUGGCGGAGCUGUGGGUCUCUGCUUCUAUCUGGGGACCACCUUUGCUGGCUCCAUGUACAUCCUAGGUACCAUUGAAAUUCUACUGACCUACAUUGUGCCUAAAGCAGCCAUCUUUGUGGCAGAGAGAAAGGAGGAUGAGGUGGAUGCCCUGCUUAACAACAUGCGUGUUUAUGGCACAUGCUGCCUCGCCCUGAUGGCCGUGGUUGUCUUUGUCGGUGUCAAAUACGUCAACAAGCUAGCAUUAGUCUUUCUGGCUUGUGUUAUUCUUUCCAUCCUUGCCAUCUAUGCUGGAGUCAUCAAGACCAUUUUUGAGCCACCAUACUUUCCUGUUUGUAUGUUGGGGAAUCGUACUUUGCAGAACCACAACUUCGACAAGUGUCUUAAGACUGACAUUGUAGAUAACCUGACAGUCACUACCCAGCUGUGGAAGCUGUUCUGUGAUGGAACUGGGCUCAAUGCCACCUGCAACAAGUAUUUUGAUGAAAAUAAUGUGACCAUGGUGCAGGGCAUCCCCGGACUGACCAGUGGAGUCAUUUCAGAAAACAUGUGGUCAAAGUAUGGCCCUCUGGGCAUGUUGGUAGAAAACAAGUUGACGUCUUAUGGGGGACAUGACCCUUCCCAGGACGUUUACCUACCCUAUGUAGCCAAUGACAUCACGACCUUCUUCACACUGCUGGUCGGCAUCUACUUCCCUUCUGUCACUGGGAUCAUGGCUGGUUCAAACCGCUCAGGUGACCUGAGAGAUGCCCAGAAGUCCAUCCCUAUUGGGACCAUCCUGGCUAUUGCUACCACGUCCUUCAUCUACGUCACCUGUGUGGUUCUGUUUGGAGCCUGUAUUGAGGGAGUUCUGCUUCGAGACAAGUUUGGUGACUCGGUGAAAGGGAACCUUGUUAUAGGUACACUAUCAUGGCCCUCACCCUGGGUUAUUGUUAUUGGCUCGUUCUUCUCCUGUUGUGGGGCAGGUUUGCAGAGUUUGACAGGAGCCCCUCGCCUGCUUCAGGCUAUCGCAAGAGAUGGCAUUGUACCUUUCUUACAGGUAUUUGGUCAUGGGAAAGCUAACGGCGAGCCUACCUGGGCUCUUCUGCUGACUGCUGGGAUCUGUGAGAUCGGUAUCCUCAUUGCCUCCCUGGACGCUGUGGCUCCUAUCCUUUCCAUGUUUUUCCUCAUGUGCUACCUGUUUGUCAACCUGGCCUGUGCUGUUCAGACUCUGCUGCGAACACCCAACUGGAGACCACGCUUCAAGUAUUACCACUGGGCUUUAUCCUUCCUAGGAAUGAGCUUGUGUCUUGCUCUCAUGUUCAUCUCCUCCUGGUAUUAUGCCAUUGUUGCCAUGGCCAUCGCUGGCUGCAUCUACAAAUACAUUGAAUAUCGAGGGGCGGAGAAGGAGUGGGGUGAUGGCAUCCGAGGCCUCUCCCUGAAUGCAGCCCGCUACGCCCUCAUUCGCCUUGAGGAGGCUCCACCACACACCAAGAACUGGAGACCGCAGUUGUUGGUGCUCCUGAACCUGGACUCAGAUCAAGGAGUUAAACACCCUCGUCUGCUGUCCUUCACCACUCAGCUGAAGGCGGGAAAAGGCCUGACAAUUGUCGGGAAUGUUAUAGAGGGAACCUAUCUUACUAAAGAGGCAGAAGCCAAGAAAGCUGAGCAGAACAUCAAGUCUUCCAUGUCAGCAGAGCGAACCAAGGGUUUCUGUCAUGUUGUGGUGUCUUCAAACCUCAGAGAUGGCUUCUCCCACCUCAUUCAGUCUGCAGGCUUGGGAGGCAUGAAGCACAAUUCAGUCCUGAUGGCCUGGCCUGGAACGUGGAAACAGUCCAAUGACCCACAGUCGUGGAGGAACUUCAUUGAGACGAUACGGGAGACCACAGCAGCCCAUCAGGCCUUACUUGUGGCUAAGAAUGUGGACAGUUUUCCCACCAACCAGGACCGUCUAGGGGAGGGCACUAUUGAUGUGUGGUGGGUGGUUCACGAUGGAGGCAUGCUAAUGCUGCUACCAUUCCUGCUGCGACAGCACAAGGUGUGGAGAAAGUGUAAGAUGCGUAUCUUCACUGUAGCCCAGAUGGAUGACAACAGCAUUCAAAUGAAGAAAGACCUCCAGAUGUUCCUUUAUCACCUGCGACUGGAUGCCGAGGUGGAAGUAGUGGAAAUGCAAGAUAAUGACAUCUCAGCCUUCACCUAUGAGAAGACGUUGAUGAUGGAGCAGAGGUCUCAGAUGCUGAAACAGAUGCACCUUUCCAGAACUGAGAGGGAGAGAGAGAUUCAGAGUAUCACUGACGAAUCGCGUAGCUCGAUCCGGAGGAAGAACCAGGGCGAUGCCGAGAACUCAAACCUCAGCCGGCAGUCCUCAGCAGCGGAGGACACUCAGGAGGAUGAGGCCCAGCUCAUCCAUGACAGGAACACGGCGUCUCACGCCACAAUAAAUGACAAGGCUGACAGUGGGCCCGAGCGGGUUCACAUGACCUGGACCAAGGACAAGCUCUUCACGGAGCGUAACCGUAACCGUGAGUGCAACACCAAUGUGGCUGUACGCGACCUGUUUAACAUGAAACCAGAGUGGGAGAGUCUGAACCAGUCAAAUGUUCGCCGUAUGCACACAGCUAUCAAGCUGAAUGAGGUGGUGGUCAACAAGUCGCAGGGAGCUCAUCUGGUUCUGCUCAACAUGCCUGGACCUCCAAAGAACAGAGGGGGAGAUGAAAACUACAUGGAGUUCCUGGAGGUUCUCCUCGAGGGUCUGAACCGGGCCCUCCUGGUGCGAGGCGGUGGCCGUGAAGUCAUCACCAUCUACUCUUAAAAACACUCUCUCUCCCCAUCCUGCACACACAGGCAUGUUGCCAUGGACACCGGUCACCGGACAUUUUGGGGGAAAGAAGCCUAAUUUGGUUUUUAUGAAGGGCGGGGUUUGUUGGAAGGCGGGACAACUUGUGAUUGCCAGACAGACAUCAGAAUGAAGGAUUAACAUUGAAUUGGUCAAAUGGCUGAGAGAGAGUCCACGCUGGGCCACAGAACCUCUGCACUGAGCGAGGACUGAGCAUAGAGACACUUUAUAUCUUUCAUUUAACUCUGAAAACUUUGUUCUGUUCUGUUGAGUCUUCUUAUUUUUCCCUCUUGUGUUGAUGUUGUCAAGUUCCUGGCACUCACUAUGUAAAGAUAAGCAAAGAAGUGAAUGUUGUCAAUCUGAACCUCAUAGUUUUUAUGUUGUUUGGUGUAUUGACUCUGGGAGGUGCAGAGACCCGCUGGACCUGAGAAAAACGGGCACAGAGAUGAAUGUUACAGAAUGGAUUUAGGUAAGGAAGUAUGUAGUAAAAAGUCACCCUUUUUAAAGUUCUACAGCUGGAAGGUCACUCAUACAUACUAAAUUAAUUGAUAUCAGACACGCUCUGGUGAUUUUUAUGGUCUGCAUCAUUAUUUUCAACCGGUGUUUUCAUUUACAUGAACUUCUCAUAACCUUUUUCAGUCUGAACUAGUCUAAAACAUCUUUGUUAGGUUGUAGAGCAUUCAUACUGCAGAGCAGAGGGAGGACUCAGCUGACAGUGUGUCAUUGUAGUAGAAAGGGAACAGCCAGGAGGAUGCUGAGUGUGUUCUAGAUGUCCUGUUAGGUGGGUGGAAGACUCUCACAUUAUGGGUACUGCUACUUCAUUUUCUACCCUUGAAGAAGUUUUAAUAGGGAAAAUAGCCAUAGCUAAUAGUGCGCUUUACAUUGACAUGCACAGUCAUGGUGUUUGAGGUAGUGCUUGGUUGGAAACAAACAGAUUUUUUUUUUAACGUUUUUAAUCCAAGAGCUGUUUGACAGCAGACAGUAGCUUAAUAAAGGAGUAGAUUCAUAGGUUCUCAUAUUUAGUCUAUAGUUUGUCCUCAUACUUUUUGGCUUUUAACAAAAUAUACAAUCAAAAUGUAAAAGCACAAACUGACGUGUAUUAGUGUGAUUUUCCCAUGCUGACAUAGUUCCAGCACUUGUCUUUGCACUACCAACCUUUCAGCACUUAACUCAUUGUGUACUUGCACUCACUUCUUUCACCUACAGUGACUUUCUGUUGGUCUACACAAGUACAUUCUGAACUAAAGACAAAAGGAUGCAGACAGAGAGCAAUUCCAUGCUAUUUAGUACUCAUGUUUCAAUGUUUUUAUAUUUUAUCAAACAAAAACCUUUCGCUUUGAGUCCCAGACUGAGUAGAUGAAUUGUUUUGUAGGAGAAAAAGUGCCAAAAUCACUAUAAAAGAAACUGUGGAAGUAUUAUUCAUGCAGCUCAGAGCAUGGCCAUACUGUAGCAACUGAUUUUUACAUUGGCAAUCUUUCGUCUUUGGAAACAUUUUUAAAAAGCACAAAUGUGAUAUUUUUUUUAAUUAUGAAAGUCCUCACUUAUGAAUAAAUGAGGUAAUGCAAUUAAUAGCACAAUUUCAAGGGCAUUUCAAAGCAUCUGAUACAUGCUGUAAAAAGAACCAUUUGUGGUCAGAGAAACAGGAGAAAAGGACUGUAGCCCUCCUCAUGAAUACCUCCACAGUUUCUUUUUAAAAUUAGCUGUGCAGUAUUUUGUAAAGCAGAAAGUCAAAUUUUCCCAUACAGGGAAAAAGUGAACUUCUGAUCAUCAGUUAUGCAACGUGUGUGUUUUGUUGUGUUUUGUUCAGUUGUUGAUGUAUGCCUGUAUAACUGUAGUUACCAUCUAUGUAGUGUUUGUUACAUUAUAAUUGAUCUUCUGUUACUUUAAGUGUUAAUUUUCAGCGAGGAGGAGGCAGGGAGGAGCAGUUUGCGUGAAGAAGGCACUCGUCAACUUUUUGCAUUUUGUUUAAAACCCACCAUACACACAACAUGCAGAACACACAGGACUGAUGAAAUCUGUCAAUUACUACAUGAAGUUCAAUGUUACUGUUUUCCAUUUUAGCCACCAAAGAUAAAACACAGUAUAAAUAAAUAAAUUGCUUAGUUUUAAGACAUUUCAAUGAUUGAAAAUUGUAAAAAUAAAUUAUUAAAGAAGUUUUUUUUGUUGUUUUAACCUGGUUACUGAGCUGAGUAGUGGUAGCUGUGCAUACAGAAAGCAUAAAAUACAAAAAACCUUAAAGAGGAUGCUAAAUAUACAGACACGUUUCUGGAGGUAAAUAGAGCUGUCAGCAGUGUGUGUUUCUAAUGUGACUGGAGAUUGUUAUCUACCUCAAGGUGUCACUGAGGCUCAGCUGAAGAAAGAAACUUGUUGAAUCACAUCUGUCACAUGGAUUUGUGAAAGGAUAAUAGCCUCAGCUAUGUGAGAGGACCAGCAGAAUAUUGUGUAUGUGUGGGUGUGUGUAUGAGAGUGUAUACCCAGCAUGUUACUGUGCAAACCGUUGGGAGGUGAGGCUGUGUGUUUCUGCUGUAGUCCGAUUCAGCUGGCAGGCCUCUUAGGCUGGAGUCACUUGUGGGCGCACAUGUAGAAGAAGGUAGCCCUGUAAAUCGUAUUUGUGCCUCUCUAAGUAAUUAUUAAAAAUGCUGAAAUAAA